GGAAGUGCAGGAGCAGCCGAAGCUGCUGCAGCCGCUGCCGCCUCUAAGUGCCGCGUUUGCUUGGGUUGCUACCGGCGCCGCCGCCGAGGAAGCCGCUGCAGCCGGGAAGGGAGUGGAGGCGGCGCGGCAUGAAGCGGCGCAGGCUCGCUCCGUAGCGCGCGUCGGGACGGUCCGGGCGGGGCCGGGGGGGAAGGAAAAUGCAAUAUGGCAGCAGCAAUGGAAACAGAACAGCUGGGUGUUGAGAUAUUUGAAACUGCAGAGUGUGAGGAGAAUAUUGAAUCACAGGACCAACCUAAAUUAGAGCCCUUUUACGUUGAACGGUAUUCCUGGAGUCAGCUUAAAAAGCUGCUUGCUGAUACCAGAAAAUAUCAUGGCUACAUGAUGGCUAAGGCACCACAUGAUUUUAUGUUCGUGAAGAGGAAUGAUCCAGAUGGGCCUCAUUCAGACAGGAUCUAUUAUCUCGCCAUGUCUGGUGAGAACAGAGAAAAUACUCUAUUUUAUUCUGAAAUUCCCAAAACCAUCAACAGAGCAGCAGUAUUAAUGCUUUCUUGGAAGCCUCUUUUGGAUCUUUUUCAGGCAACACUGGACUAUGGAAUGUAUUCUCGAGAAGAAGAACUAUUAAGAGAAAGAAAACGCAUUGGAACAGUUGGAAUUGCUUCUUAUGAUUAUCAUCAAGGAAGUGGAACAUUUCUCUUUCAAGCUGGUAGUGGAAUUUAUCAUGUAAAAGAUGGAGGACCACAAGGAUUUACCCAACAACCUCUACGGCCCAAUUUAGUGGAAACUAGUUGUCCCAACAUACGGAUGGAUCCAAAAUUAUGCCCUGCUGAUCCAGACUGGAUUGCUUUUAUACAUAGCAAUGAUAUUUGGAUUUCCAACAUCGUAACAAGAGAAGAAAGGAGGCUCACCUAUGUGCACAACGAACUAGCCAAUAUGGAAGAGGAUCCCAGAUCAGCUGGAGUUGCUACUUUUGUUCUUCAAGAAGAAUUUGAUAGAUAUUCUGGCUAUUGGUGGUGUCCAGAAGCUGAAACAACUCCUAGUGGCGGUAAAAUUCUUAGAAUUCUAUAUGAAGAAAAUGAUGAGUCUGAGGUGGAAAUUAUUCAUGUUACAUCCCCUAUGUUGGAAACAAGGAGGGCAGAUUCAUUUCGUUAUCCUAAAACAGGCACAGCAAAUCCAAAAGUCACUUUCAAGAUGUCAGAAAUAAUGAUUGACACUGAAGGAAGGAUUAUAGAUGUCAUAGAUAAGGAACUAAUUCAACCUUUUGAGAUCCUAUUUGAAGGAGUUGAAUAUAUUGCCAGAGCUGGAUGGACUCCAGAGGGAAAAUAUGCGUGGUCCAUCCUACUAGAUCGCUCCCAAACUCGCCUACAGAUAGUGUUGAUCCCACCUGAAUUAUUUAUCCCAGUAGAAGAUGAUGCUAUGGAAAGACAGAGACUCAUUGAGUCAGUGCCUGACUCUGUGACACCACUGAUUAUCUAUGAAGAAACAACAGACAUCUGGAUAAAUAUCCAUGACAUCUUUCAUGUUUUUCCCCAAUGUUACGAAGAUGAAAUUGAGUUUAUUUUUGCCUCUGAAUGCAAAACAGGUUUCCGUCAUUUAUAUAAAAUCACAUCCAUUUUAAAGGAGAGCAAAUAUAAACGAUCCAGUGGUGGGCUUCCUGCCCCAAGUGAUUUCAAGUGUCCUAUCAAAGAGGAAAUAGCAAUUACCAGUGGUGAAUGGGAAGUUCUUGGCCGGCAUGGAUCUAAUAUCCAGGUUGAUGAAGUCAGAAAGCUGGUAUAUUUCGAAGGCACCAAAGACUCCCCUUUAGAACAUCACCUGUAUGUGGUCAGUUAUGUAAAUCCUGGAGAGGUGACAAGGCUGACCGACCGUGGCUAUUCCCAUUCUUGCUGCAUCAGCCGGCAUUGUGACUUCUUUAUAAGUAAGUAUAGUAACCAGAAGAAUCCACACUGUGUGUCCCUUUACAAGUUAUCAAGUCCUGAAGAUGACCCAACUUGCAAAACAAAGGAAUUUUGGGCCACCAUUUUGGAUUCAGCAGGUCCUCUUCCUGACUAUAUCCCUCCAGAAAUUUUCUCUUUUGAAAGUACUACUGGAUUUAGAUUGUAUGGGAUGCUGUACAAGCCUCAUGAUCUACAACCUGGAAAGAAGUACCCCACUGUGCUGUUCAUCUAUGGUGGUCCUCAGGUUCAGUUGGUGAAUAAUCGGUUUAAAGGAGUCAAGUAUUUCCGCUUGAAUACCCUAGCCUCUCUGGGUUAUGUGGUUGUGGUGAUAGACAACAGGGGAUCCUGUCACCGAGGGCUUAAAUUCGAAGGCGCAUUUAAAUAUAAAAUGGGUCAAAUAGAAAUUGACGAUCAGGUGGAAGGACUUCAGUAUCUAGCCUCUCGAUACGAUUUCAUUGACUUAGACCGUGUGGGCAUCCAUGGCUGGUCCUAUGGAGGAUACCUCUCCCUGAUGGCAUUAAUGCAGAGGUCAGAUAUCUUCAGGGUUGCUAUUGCUGGAGCCCCAGUCACUCUGUGGAUCUUCUAUGACACAGGAUACACGGAACGUUAUAUGGGUCACCCUGACCAGAAUGAACAAGGCUAUUACUUAGGAUCUGUGGCCAUGCAAGCAGAAAAGUUCCCCUCUGAACCAAAUCGUUUACUACUCUUACAUGGGUUCUUGGAUGAAAAUGUCCACUUUGCACACACUAGUAUAUUACUGAGUUUUUUAGUGAGGGCUGGUAAGCCAUAUGAUUUACAGAUCUAUCCUCAGGAGAGACACAGCAUAAGAGUUCCUGAAUCCGGAGAACAUUAUGAACUGCAUCUUUUGCACUACCUUCAAGAAAACCUUGGAUCACGUAUUGCUGCUCUGAAAGUGAUAUAAUUAUGACCUAUGUAGAACUCUGGUGUACACUGGCUGUUUAACCAAAUGAGGAGGUUUACUUAAUAGAGAACACAGAAUUGAUCAUCACAUUUUGGUACCUGCUACAUAACAUCUAUUUCUGAAAGUAAAUUUGGUGCCAUGCAGGUGUCUGCCGCUUGUAGAUAGUAAUCUAAUAAUUUAACCAUACACAUACAAAAUUGAAUGGUACAUAUUUCUAAGGGACCUGGCAAUACCAGGAGAAUUACUGAAAGAAAUAAGACAUUAGCACCAUAUAUCCAUACUGCCCUAUUUUCACUUUUAAUAGCAUUAUAAACCUCAUGGACUUAAUUAGUGUAUUUUUACAGUAUACUUCUGAAUUUGUUAAAAUAUGAUGAUAUACUGAUUGGUUUGGUUCAAUUCCAGAACCUCUGACUAGUUACCGAUUUGAUAAGCACUUAAAUGUAAUUGAAUAGCUUAUGCUUCAUUGGUUAGGGUGUAUCCAGCAUGUUAUGAACUAAUCACUAUUAAACCUGUGACUUUACCAGUCAUUAAUGAUUUUUCAAGGAUAACUUAGUGGCCUCCUAAAGACACUUACUUUGGCUCUGACCAGUUUUUAGCCAAUUUAAACUAUCUAGUAUAAAUAAUUCUCAUUUUUCUUUGGUAAUGUGACAGAGUUGGUUUUUUCCUUUCACAUAAAGGCAAGUAACUGUAUAUGUAGCAUGGAUUUAAUUAGUCUUAUGAUAUCAUUAAUUACAGAUGGAAAAGUUUUAAUCAAAUGAUUAGAGCUUAAAUAUUUUCAGGCAAGUUAUUAUUAUUAUUUUUUUUUACUUUAAGAAAAGGAAAAAGUACACAUUCACCUGUAUUCUUCAGAAAACUUAGUGGUGCCAGUUUCCAUUCAGUAUUUUCUUAUUAAAAUAUUCCAGAGUUUUAGGGAGGUGGAAGGGAAUCACGGUGGGGUGUGGGAGACCAGGGUGUGGGGAAGAAGGUGGUGAGGGUCUGCUUAAGAAUUAAGCAGAAGUAUUUUUAACAAAAAUACUCAUGAAAAAGUUUGGGAAAUAAAAUUUAAACUCCUAGAAUGUUAGUUGAGGAAACCAGAAUUACAUCACUCUGUUGCCAACACAGCUACAGACUAACAUUGUCAGGGGAGGAAAAGUUCCUUAGAGUUACUUUCAUAAUUCCAAAUUUUUGUUAUUUUUCCUCUUAAUUUUGGAAACCUUACAGAUUUAAACUUUAUCCUUUUUAAAUAAUUUGAACAUAAUUUACGUAUUGUUAUCUUAAAGUGAAAAGAUUUCCAGACAACCUCUUUACUGUAAGCUAAUCCCCACAAGCCAUGGCUCUCUUUUUCAGUGUUUAAAGCCUAUAAACAGUUUUCUUGAGUUGUAACAACAAAGAUCAUGGGUUUGGAUCCCUGUAUCUCUCUCUCUCUCUCUCUCUCUCUCUCUCUCUCUCUCUCUCACACACACACACACACACACACACACACACACACACACACACACUCUCUCUCUCUCUCUCUCUCUCUCUCUUUCUUGAAAGGCUAUGACAUUUUCCUCAUUUACCCUAGCACUUGACCCUGUAUCAGACACACACAUUUUCUUGUUUUCUUGAAAGGCUAUGACAUUUUCCUCAUUUAGCCCUAACACUUGACUAUGAGGGAAGUUCAUAGGCUUUCAGGUGCUGAUUAGGAUCUGCCCUCUUAGAGUCUUGGGGUGCUAGAUCACUCACAUUGGAGCCAGUGGCAGGGAAGGCAUCUAUGAGUUUGAUUCUUUUUAUCACAAGCUUCAGCAUUUGUUACCAGUACUUUUAAACAACUCUUCAAGAAAAAUUGCUCUAUUUCUUUCUCGCCACUAUAGCAAGAGUAGGUUUCUGCCAUAGAGAGCCACAACCUCCAUUAGUAAGGAUGGUUACUGUGCGUCAGAGGUGUACUCAUCAUUGAGGGCCAGGAGGGAGGUGGGGGAAACCCAGAAAUGGCAGGGUGACCUGGUGGUUCUGUCCUUGGAAAGGGGAUUGGAUUUUGCUGUUUGUGUAUUUAUACUGUAUAAUAGAUACCGUAUUUUUCCUUAUUGUCUAUAUAUGUAUUGAUUUUCGUGUUUAUGGUAUUUUCCCAUGCCGCGAUUUUUAUUUUUUCAAUGUUAAAUUAAAUUGAUUUGGGUAACUUUUCUUCCCCAAAAAAGUAUUUUCCCCCUUGACUUAAGUAUUUAUAUCUGACCUGUUGAGGGUGGUUUUUUGGGGAUCUAGUUGGCCUCCAAGGAUCUAUCCUUAUAUUAUAUACAAAGUAGGAAUGGUAUACAGUAGCUUUUAGACAGCCACUCAUUUGAAACAUCUUACCCAUUAAGGCUAUUUUUUCAAAAUGGCAUCUCUUACCAAAACAAAGCUUAGAAAACCUCAUGUACUCUUGAAUUCACAGGUGUUUUUCUUUUGUAUCUUGCCUUCCCCUUUCUUCCUAUCACAAGGAAUGUUUCUGUUGUAACUCCUAGUCACUUAAAUGCCAUUCAGCUUCUUUAGGGGGAAAAAAUGUCUGACUGAAUUCACUUGUGGAAAGAAGGCUUGACUAAAUUUGCUUUUUUAUAACCAAUGUGGAAGACAUCAUAGUCUCGAAGCAAUCAGUAGAAAUCUCACCAAAACUGUUUGUACCCUGAUUAUGGGUAACAACUUAAAAGGCAAGGGUAUAUAAGAGUAACAACAGUUUGUGAGAACCAAAAAGCACUAGGUUAAACAUCAAACUUGGUUUUUGCAAGCUUGAUAAAUGGGUGCACUUGAACAAUAAUCAUCAACAGAUAUAGUUACUUGAGCAUUGUAGAGCAGUGGAAUUCAAAAUCCAAGAUUCAUCUGGGAUGCUUACUAAAAGAAAUGCGAAGUCUUGAAACUCACUCUUAGAGAUUUGUAUUCCAUUGAUUUGGGUGAAGACCAGGAAUGUGCAUUUGUAACAAGCUUUCCAGGUGACUCAAAAGCAAGUCAUCUGUAGACGACUCUAAGAAACUCUUCUAUAGAAAGUGAAGUUGGAAUAAAAAAAUAAUAGGUGAUUUUUAUACUGGACUGCUUUACAAGAACUUCAAACGAUAGGAGAGAAAGCUGCUCAUCUGUGAUAACUAUUGGCCUCUUCUCACUCUGAAAAGAGCAGGAGAUAUUAACUUUGUAUUCCCUUUGGAGAUUCAUUUUAGAAUGAAGGUUUUUCCUUCUGUUCCAUUUCUGGCUCUUCCAAGUCCUCACACAAGAGAAUGAAGUCACAAUGCAUGUAUUACCUUUUAAAAGAAUGAGAUAUAGGUAUUUAUGCUUACUUUGUUUUUACUACUUGUUUUAUUCCUUACAGAAGGUGUGUCUCAACUCUCUACAACAUCAUUUUCUCUUUAGGUAGAAUGAUGUCUAUAAGAUCUUUCAUUAUUAUAGAAUCAUAAAUUUUUCAAGCUGGAAUAAAUCUUUGAUAUAAUCUAAUCUAAUGUUCUCAUUUGUUAGAGGAGGAACCUACAUACUAGAGAGAGGAGAAAAUAUACCCAUGGCCACACAGCCAGUUAACAUUCAGUUGGUAUUAGACUCCAUCCAGAUGUCUUGACUCAUGGUAGUUAAAUGAUAUAUAAGGCAAAUUUUUAAAGAAGUAUUUAUUAAUAUAUUCGUAUAAAACAUUGUAAAGGUAACCACAUAAAAUGGUUAUUUUUUCCAUUCUGAAGUAAAUGCUAAGCAUGCUUAUUAAUGAAGCUAAUUAGUAUAUGACAUUCUGAAGUUAAUUAAAAUUGUUACUCUAAAUGUGUCUUCCUUGGUGUAUUGUGGGGGAUUUGGUUAUUGGGAUGUAGAGUAGAGUGCUUGCUUAAGCCUGGGAGCCCAUCUUACAGCUAUUUGAUUUAAGAAAAGAAACACGGCCAUAUCUAAACUAAGAUAUGUAAGGUGUCUAUUCCCAGCAGAUGUAAAGGAAAACUUUCCUGACUUCCACCUUCCCAACCCUACCCAGCCUCACCUGUCCAUCUUCCAGCCUAAAAUUUGGAGAUAUGUUAGUGCAAGGUGCUGGGCUCUAGGUAAUCAUUUCAAACGUCCCUCACAGAGAGAAAAAGUAGUGUUUGUAUGUUUGUUUUUAAAUAACCCAAAUACAAAUUUAUGUUGUGUUCAGCAAAAUUGGAGUUCAGGUCUUUAAUUUUAGAACAUAAAGUGCCUGCUGUUUUAAGCAUUGACUUGUAUAAAAAGAAUUGCAUGUCUCACUCCAGUAAGUUUAUGGGUUUUCUCAUUUUAAGCUACAUGGCUUUUAAUCAUGUAAAGUGAAACAUUAGUUUUGUUGCAUUUUAUUAUAGGUUCUUUGUUUGC